ACCAGAUUCGUGAAUUUCACGUACCAGUGUCUGAUUCCACUGCGAAUACGACCCGACGGCUGGCCUUCAAGCCAAUACAAAGCACUCCGGGCAACAUGGGAUCUGCUUCUGGUUCCGAUCCCUACCCCGUGUCUAUUUCGUCCCUUCACUUCCCCUCCGCCGAGCAACAAUCGAUUUCUCAGACGCUAUCUGCAUUGCGACGAUCAGCUCUCUCCGUCACCAACCGCCUGCGUUCCAUCGAGGCCGACGCGGCCUUUGUCCGUGAGGUUGCUGCCCAUUACGACCUUCCUCUCAUCGCCAACGAAAGAUGCGGGAGCUGGUACAUUCCGCCUGAAGUCAAGUCUGGCAGUGCGUACUUCAAAAGUACAGAUGGUCACACGGGCCAGUGGGAUUUCAGCUUUCGCAGACUAAACUUGCAGCUUCUACCAAUUGCCAGGGAACAUGGAGGUUGCAUUAUCGUGGAUUCCACGCGCCGGGGUAAAUUGAUGCCUGAUGCACUGUCUAAAACUGUUCCGAUUUGGUGUGCCGUCAUCAACAGGGCGCUGUUUCCAUCUGACACUGCAUAUCACGCGGUGAACUUUCCGCCAAACUAUCUGGGCGCCUCUGAAGAGUCCCAGAUUGAGCGGAGGAUUGACGGCUUUGUCAAAUCCCUCGAGGACCUGAAACUCGAUCUGGAUGAACUCAGGCAGCAACUUGGAAAGCCUAUUCGGGUAGCAUGGGCCAACCGAGCCUAUUUUCAUCCGACAGAUCUACAUAAAGGAGAUGACUAUCGCCUGUUUGUUCUCUGUUCCGCAUCGAAAAGGGUCCAUGGCGCAGAAAUGUCUGAAGGCGGCUAUAUCCAAGGAGCAGGAGAUGACAGCGAGAGUUGGGCCUAUGGGCUAACUCCUCCUGUCUUUUGGGCUACUAAAGCGACCCUGUUCCAGCACUCAGAAGAAGAUCUCCCGACCGUAAUCGAGCAGCUGGUUGAGGAUCACAGUAAAAAGAAUGUUGAUCAGAGAGCGAUACGCAUUGCCCCAACACGAAACUUAUAUCUCAGCCAAACACACCCUCAACUGAACAACGGCAGCAUGUUUGAUCUGGUCAUAGAUUGUAAUGCGAGCGCAGAAGGGGCAGAAGAGAAUGCGAAUCGCCUGAAUCUCGGUUGCGGAUCUUCUAAGCUUGGAAGCCGUGACCUGCGCAAGCACCUGGACAAGGUGCAGGACUUCGUCAAGUCCCGUAUGAGCGCAGAUCCAUCACGGUCAUUGCUGGUGACAUGUGAGACUGGCAAGGAUCUUUCGGUUGGUGCUCUACUUGCAAUAUUGUGUCUGUUCUAUAACGAGGAAGGCGAGUUCACUGCUGUUCCCACCAACCAACUGAUCGGCAAGCAGUUUAUUCGUCAGCGGCUCGCUUGGAUCACAUCCUCCAAACAUGAUGUGAAUCCCUCGCGGUCUACGCUUCAAUCGAUCAAUGCCUUCCUCAUGCAACGCCCAGAUUACUAACAGCUUGAAGAAAUGAACCUGAAAAUCACAAUUAAUUAUGUCUAUAAAUGGACGAACUACUCGUUCUCGACGGCCUCGACAAUAGCGCCACUGCUUCCCUGGUCAAGAGCAUUAAGCACCGCCAUGUCCUCCUCGCUGAUGUCGAAAUCAAACACAUCAGCAUUAGCCGCAAUCCGGUCUGGGUUGUCGGUUUUAGGAAGUGGAA